AAAUCGCCAUUAUAUUUAUUAUUCACUUUGGUUCCAACUUUUAUGUAGGUUGCACCUCUGUGUAGAUCAUACGAAUUUCUACAAAUGAUGUAAUUAAUAUGGUCCCCUUCGACAGGCUUCGAUCAAAUAGCAAAAUCAACCAUGAUCGUUCAUGAUGGAAUGCAACAUAAAUUAAGAAUAACUGUAACAAAAUGAUGCAAACAUAUUUAACCAGUAUGGUACGCGACAAUUCGACUGUCGCUUUAGUUCUGUUAUCUUCUUCUAAUUAGAUAAUUGCCAGGUCAAGGAUCCAGGCGCCGGAAAAAGCCAUGGAUCAAAAACACACUGCACUUGACACGCCGCACACCUUUAGCCGGCGCACGAAAGCGCGUGUCAUACAAAUGGAUGCAAUUACGAUAAAUCGAAGCUGCGCAACGACUCCAGAACUUCCCGACUACUCACGCCAACGUGCACCCGCUGCUUGAUACCCGCAUCGCGAGCUGAAUUUGAAUACCUCUUCGACAAACAUCCACAUCCACGGUACUCGCAAUUGCAGUCACCUUUCCCCGCGUCUUCGUCCUCUUACCACGAACCACAUCCGUUUUACUGCAGGUUGCGGAGCAGCAGUGCGUGUGGUUUGUCGCGUUGUUGUUCCUGUCCGAUUCCGCACCGUGCAUCUGUGCCACUGAUCUCAUUCGCCAUCUUGACUGCGGGAGUUGGAACGAUAGUCGUAUAACUGCGUCACUCGUGCAGAAUGCCAAAUUCCCCCCGAAAUCCAUUUAAAACCUUUGGAAGGACAGAAUUUCUCCUGUAGUUGGAUUUCGGUGCCGGUAGCACACGGUUCGGUAUUUUGCUGUGACGUGGUUGUGAAGUGAUCGUAAGCUGGUAAAACACGCACAACAUGUUGCGAACACAGUGGAUUACUGGAAUUGUUGCCGUUCUGAUCAUAAGCGUGAUCGCCGCACAAACGCUCGAUCAACAAAUGAAACAGCUGUUCGAGGAUGGACUUUCAAGCGCGGAACGAAUAAAAUAUUUUGGCAGUGAGAGUGAAAGUGAUUGGCCUUAUUAUGAAGUGGUGAAUCUUGAGGUGCAUCGCCCAGAUGGUGUAGUGGAAGUGAAAGAUUUCAACUUAAGUUUCUCCUUUCGGAAUGAACCGAUUGUGCUACACCUAAGACCGAACAACGUGCUAACUACUCCGACGACUGUGUACACAACGGCACAGGAACGUGUCACGAAGGUGCUGAACAGGAAUGCAUCGGAGAUCGGCGAGCAUUUUGUGCAUAAUGAUGAAAACUUCACGGCUGCCUUUUCGACCAGUGGUGACGAUCGAUUUACGGGUAUACUAUUUCACACGACUGGACCACUAGAAAUUCUUCCUUUGGAUCACCAGUUACUAUCCUUGCAACUGUCAUCAACUUUACAAAAACCACAUUUGAUCAAAGCACUUCAGUUGCCAACAACUUCCUCCGACGUAUCGUAUGAGCUCAUACGCCGUCGUACACACUCCGAAAUUCAUCUGCUUGGUGACACACUUGGACAAAUGAACUAUUCCUCAUCCGAGCUGGAAGAACUGGAUGCCAGAGAUGGUCGCAAUCGAAGUGCUCCGACAAGAAGUGGCAAACCUUUGGUGGAGCUGGCUGUAUUUUUUGAUGAAGCAGCGUAUAAAACAUUUGCUCCUUACUUCAAUUACAACGAUGCAGCGUUACGAGAUUUUCUACUAGCGUACAUCAACGGAAUUCAAGCCCUGUACCAUCAUCCGUCCCUUGGACAAGGGAUCGAUAUUGCGUUAGUGUAUCUUGAGCUAAUGCGCACCCAGCCCUCUGCUAUGCCGCACUACAAUGGGGAACGAAAUUUGUUGCUAGAUUCUUUCUGUUCCUAUCAGGACAGCUUAAAUCGGGGCCGAUGGGAUAUGGCUUUGUACCUGUCGGGGUUGGAUUUUUACGCGAUUGAAAACGGUCGCCGUAAUGGAGGAACCAUGGGCCUAGCAACGGUCGGUGGAGUGUGUUUAAGUGAGUACGCAUGCGUCAUUGCUGAGUUCGGUGCUAGAAAUGUGUUCGGCAAGCCAUAUCCUUCAUCAGGCUUUACAUCCAUUUUUAUUGCGGCUCACGAGAUCGGCCACAAUUUAGGAAUGCAUCAUGACUCCGUAGGAAAUCGAUGCCCAAAGGAUGGAUUUGUAAUGUCUCCCUCAAGAGGAACACAAGGAGAAACCACGUGGUCUACGUGUAGCGCCGAUGUGAUCUCACAACUGAAUUGGGCUACUUGUCUGUUCGAAACGGACUCGAAAGCAGUCACAGAGUAUGAUACCACGAAGUACUACGAUCACCCAGGGCAGGCUUGGACAGCUAAAAAACAGUGUGAGGUGCUUCUAACCGAUAAGGAUGCCAUUCUUGCGUCUUCUGAAUUGCCAGCCAUUUGUCAAAACCUGCGGUGUCGCACUCCUCAUCGAACUGGAUUUUAUUUUGCUGGUCCAGCACUAGAGGGCACCGAUUGCGGGGAAAAUAAGUGGUGUGAAGGAGGCACAUGCAUAAAGCAGAAGAAGAAACCAUCCUACAUUGUUCCAGGCGGUUGGAGCGAAUGGAAGGACGAAGAGUGUGUUUCCGGCUGUUUGGAACAUUCGAAGGGAUAUAAGCGACGAACGCGCCGCUGUGAUAAUCCUGCACCAGUCAAUACCGAUCAAGGUUGCGAAGGUGUCGCCCUGGAUAUUACGAUUUGUGACGAUGGAAAGCUUUGCCAUGUGAACCGCGAACCGGUUCAGUUCUAUGCCAGUCGACGAUGCCGAGACUUCAGCCAAUUGCUUCCUCGACUGGAUCCUGAAGGUCGUGGGAUUCAGGGUCCGUACGAUUCAAAGCGAUUGUGGAUGAGCUGUGCAAUUUACUGCAAGCGGGCCGACAACGACGCAUAUUAUGCGCCAAGAUUCGAUCUGAAUGAUUUAGGUGUAGAUUCAUACUUUCCCGAUGGAACCUUGUGUCAUGAGGAAAUGGGAACGAAAUAUUAUUGUCAACAGCAUCACUGUUUGCCAGAGAACUUCAAAACAUCGAAAAUAUCUAUUUGGACCAUCACCGACGACAUACCAGUAGCAGGGAAUGCGCUGCCGCUGGACACUCAUUUCCUUAAUAUUGCAAUAUUAAAUUAUCUUUCUCUGGAUAAAAAUAUUACACCGUUGACCGGCACAUGGAACUUGAAGCCGGAGGAACUUCCAAAUGAUGAUCAGUGGGUUGAUCAGGAUUAUUUGGAUUUAUCAGGUAGCUUCAGAACUCGAGGAAACCUGUCCGAAGAAGGACUGUAAUUGUAGCUUUAAAGCAAUAGAAUUGUAAAAACAUGUUAAAAUAUUGUUCUAAUAUACAUACUUACAGUUCAACGAAAUUUAAACUAUUUUUUUUUUAUUGUUCAUCGCUUCAAACGAACGCAUUUACAAAUAAAAAUAUCUAUAAACCGCUGAAAAUGUUUUUUUUUUCUUUUGAGAAUCAACCCAUUUUUUAUUUAAUGUUCUUGAAACAUUUUUUAAAGCACAUCUUUCUUCUAUUAUAAGUAAUAUAAUUUAAAUGUUUUACAAUGUUACGUAUGCAAAGAUUAUAUAAUUCGUGAUUGCCUUCCAAUCAGCCAAAGAAGGUAGCUUCUUCACAACACCUCGCAGGAAGUUACAAUCAGUCGAAAGCGUGAUAUUUGUGUUUGGUUAAGAUAUUUAAGCGCACCCAAAACAUGAUAAUUCACUUAGAAACUAAUGAUAAACAAAUCUUACUGAUGUUUUGGUGAAUGUGUAAAUUUAGGAAUGAAACAGUACAGUUGUAAAUGAUAACAACAUACGGAUGGAUUCUUUUGCCUACAGGUACUAAUCAGAUCGAACCAGUCACGGCC